AUGGGGGGAAAGGUGGUGGUAUCGGUGAUAUCCAUAAUCUUGGUGAUAGGUGUUGUAAUAGGAGUGGUGGCAGUUGUGCAUCGAGAUAAAGGUGGUAGUCACAAGGAUGGAGGUAAGGAUGACGAGAACUUGUCAUCUUCAAUGAAAACCGUGAAUGCACUUUGUGGACCAGCAACAUAUAAGGAUGCCUGCAUUAAGAGUCUAGGUUCGGUGGCGCAAAACCAAAGCGCCACUCCACAUGACUACAUAAAAGCUGGUUUCAAGUUAGCAUUGGAGGAAAUAACUAAGGCUACCAAUCUCACUGAUACCCUUGUGCCAAAAGCCAACUCAACCAAGAAACCCGAGAUGACUAACAUGGCCAUUGAAAGUUGUAAGAAUUUGUUCGACCUCGCUAUAGAUCGCCUUGAUGGUGCCCUUGAACAAGUACAUGAUCCUACAAUAUAUCAGGACCAAGAAUUAGUAUGGAGCCUUCGUCUUUGGCUUAGUGAUGUUGUCACAUUCGCCACUAGUUGCGUCGAUGAGUUUGGAGAAGCAGAGGCUCCUGAUCUUCAGAAAAUCAUGCAAGAUGGUGUUGUUAAUUCCACUGAGCUCACCAUCAGCAUGCUUGACAUAGUUACCUCCUUUAAUCAAGCCCUUGGUAACUUAGACCUUUCCCUUAAUGCUACCAAUUUGGCUGAACAGGUUAAAUCUACCAGUGCUAGUCGUCGUCUCCUUGGCAUGGCUACUUCUGAUGGAGACGGCUAUUAUCCCAGAUGGUUGUCUGCGUCAGACCGUAGGCUUUUGGGAGAGGGAAAGCAAGGCCCCAAGAAGGUGAAGAAGAAUAAAGAUAAAGGGUCUGGUAAGGGAAAGAAGGAUAAGACAAAGAAGGGGAAAAUAGGAAAGAAGGGGAAAGGUAUUGCAGCUGGAGCAGGUGCAGCCGCAGCAACAGGAGCUGUUGUAGCUCCUGCUAUUGUACCCGGUAUGAAGCCUAAUGCGAUAGUUGCACAGGAUGGUAGUGGCCAAUACAAAAGCAUCACACAGGCUCUGAACGCACACCCAGGAAAGAACAUACAAGGGCGAUAUGUGAUCUAUGUGAAGGCUGGAAUCUAUAAGGAGGAUGUUUUAGUAGGAAAACAACAAAAUAACGUGUUCAUGUACGGGGACGGGCCAACAAGAACAGUGGUAACAGGUGAUAAGAGUUUCUCAAAGGGUGUACAAACAUCAAAAACAGCUCCAUUCCAAGUAGAAGGUUUCGGGUUCUUUUGUAAAGACAUGGGUUUUCGAAACACAGCGGGUCCAGCAGGGCAUCAGGCAGUAGCUUUAAGGGUGAAUGGUUUACAAGCAGUGUUCCAAAAUUGUUUCUUUGAUGCUUACCAAGAUACCUUAUAUGUACAAGGUGGAUCACAAUUUUUUCAUGAUUGCCAAAUAUCAGGAACAGUUGAUUUCAUAUUUGGAAAUGGUGCAUCAUUGAUUCAGAAUUGUAGGAUAAUUGCAAGAAAGGGAAAUCCAGGACAACAAAAUCUAGUGACAGCGCAAGGUGGAUUAGCAGCAAACGAGGCGACAGGAAUCGUUAUACAAGGGGGUGAAAUUCUUCCAGGAAGAGAUCUAUUCCCAGAGAGGUUCAAGGUUGAGACUUACUUAGGGAGACCAUGGAAGGCUUAUGCUAAAACAGUAUUUAUGGAGACUAUGAUGGGUGACUUGAUUCGACCUGCUGGUUAUUUUCAAUGGCAAUCACCAGAGGGAAAGAAUAACCAUUUGACAGCCUUUUAUGGUGAGUACGCUAAUCGUGGACCGGGUGCCAACACUCGUAUGAGGGUCAAGUGGCCUCAUGUUAAGGUUUUACAAAAGCCUGAGGCACAACGUUACUCAGCUGCUAUCUUUUUAGCAGGUGCUCCUUGGGUCAAGGCAGUUGGUGUGCCUGUCAAUCUUAAUGUUGUUUAAUCACCACUUCUCACAUCAAAUUUACUUAUUAUCUUUUU